AUGACCAAAACAGACCGACAGAAAACGGUGGCUUGUGGCCGCUGCCGUGGCCAAAAACUCAGGUGCACCUGGGAGGUGAAGGAGCCGCAAUGUCGACGUUGUCAGAGGGCAAAUGCCAUUUGCACCAUUCCCAAGUCGCGACCGAUGGGUCGACCACCACGAGAUGAUCGCGGCGCGAGCAGUUAUAGUAACGAGCAUAACGAAAUCGCGCACUGUCACAGUGAGGGGAUUAUCAACAAUAAAGUGGCUAGCAAUGAAGACACAUUGAUGUCUUCCAUGACCGACUCUUUGGACUUUCUUCAAUGGUUUCCUGAUCCUGACGGUCUAAGUUUGUUGGAUUAUGGUGGCCCUGCGUCGAUGGCCCAGAGCGUAUCUAAUUCCAAUUCAAAAGACAAUGGCGAGCAGUCGUCCAGACCGAAUGAUGAACUAUUAGCCUCUGCAAUGGGGACUGCAGCAGGGCAGAUGGACUUAAAUCACGAUGAACAAGACGACGACCGGUAUGACCCGGAGGGAGAACAGGGCUAUGCCAAACUACUGGCACAGCUAUGCCAAUUGAACGUUACGCUGUUCCAACACCCUAUGCACACCAACAAUGGUGAAGUACUACCUUGCAUGAUAGCCGGCACGGCUGGCUGCCGCCAGUCACCAGGAGUAACCCAAUCGGACAACGUCGCGUCACAAGACAUGAGCCUGUCCGAUUUGCGCAUCGGCAAUCUCCUAGAAUUGACAAAUGAGCUUAGGAAGAUCGUCACACGCAUCCGAGUGCUAAAAUCCGGAACAUUCCAAGACGCACAUGGCCUUGAACGAUCAACGGCUCUGGUGGUUCUGAGUUGCUAUACUAGAUUGGAUAUCCUGUACUCUCGCACACUGGAGAUUCUAGUAAAAGGUUGCAAUGGUGGCCAAACGCUGAAGGACGUUCACCUGCUCAUGCCUGGACUGACUAUCGAUGGUUUUUCUUUGAGCGGAUGUCAUGAUUUACAGCUCAGCUUCCUGGUUCAUCUUUUCGAAAAGGCGCACGCCCGAAUUCGCACAUGUAUUGGAAGUUGCAGCCAGGCGCUUCUCAGUAAAUAA